GUCACUUUGAACGGUGGUGACAUUAGUCGUCGGUGUACGUAGAAAUAAACAGUUGAGAAGCAUUACAGGUUGGUAUGGAAACCAAGGAAGAAACAACAAAAGUUGAACUUGAAGAAAGUGACCAUCAUCUCGUUCAGUUGGAUGUUGGUGAGUCAGUAUCCUUCAAAACGACUUCACCUGAGAUGUUGGAUGACAGAAUCCCUGAUAUUCCCAGUGGGAAGUCACAUCAUCUUUUCAUCUCCCACAGUGAAGAAGACGCCGAAUGGGUAGAACAUCUGGUGAAAGUUCUUGAGGACAAGCAUGGUGUUACGUGUCUAUGGCCCAAACGAGAUUUUCUUGCCGGCCAGGGUGUACCAGGGCUGAUACAAAGAGGAAUAGCAGAAAGCAUGAAAGUUGUGUUUGUGCUGACUCCAGACUCACUUGAAAGUCCAUGGUGCGAACAGGAAAGAGACUGGGCCAUUGUUUUGUCUAUGGAAGAACGGCAGAACAGAAUAAUACCGCUUCUGUUAACGCCAUGCAAAAUACCCGACAUUUUCAACACGUUCAACUACAUCGAUGUUCCCAAAGGAGAAGACUAUGUGAACAGGACCAUUCGGGCUCUCGCUGGAAAAGACCUGUCAGACCUUCAACCACGCGUGAUCAACUUUCUCAGGACUCAAGGUAGCGGAUUAAAUAUGGAGUUCAAUGGGUAUAAAUGCUCAACAUAUAUGUGUGGAGGGCCAUCAUGGGCUUUCGGAGAUCUGACGGAAUCACAAAGACUGAAGCUUUCAAGACUUGGCAGCGAGUUUGCAGAAAACGUAUAUCAAGAGGCCAAAGAUAUUGCGAACAGAUCCAGAGAAAUGAAAUUCUAUUCCCUAUCCAAUCCUUUUUCCUGUCACGCGUGGGGCGUCUAUCUGUGUGGUGUUCUCCUAACAACCCUGAUGGUGUGCAUUGUGAUGAUCCCACUGAUAUAUUACACCGAUGUGUUCUAUGACGCUCUCUACAUGCUGAUCGUGAUCGGUGUUGCUGUCAUCGCUAUACCAGGUGCACUUUGGUUGUUUGCAAGGAAGAAUGAGAAAAAGUUACGUGAUGUCAUUCAAGGUCACAGUAUCCGAAAUGUGAUGAAAACGAGGAUUCUUAUCAACUACAACAACGUUUCCUUCCAACCCACACUUCAGCUAAUGUACUACGAUUUGUCACCUUGUCUGAGGCAUGUCUCAGACCACGUCAUGAAUCAGUCAAAUGUUGUGCAGUUUGAAACAGAGACUUUGGAGAGGUUUAAGACAACUGUAGUCACCAUUAUUUUCUGGACAGCUGACGUUGUCAUUGUUUUCUGGACAGUCACCACUGUUCUCUGGACAGCGGAAUGCAUAAGUGUUCUAGGGUCAGCUGAUAUCACCAUUGUUCUCUGGACAGCUGACGUUGUCAUUGUUCUCUGGACAGCCGACAUCACCAUUGUUCUCUGGACAGCGGAAUACAUAAGUGUUCUCUGGACAGCCGACAUCACCAUUGUUCUCUGGACAGCGGAAUGCAUAAGUGUUCUCUGGACAGCCGACAUCACCAUUGUUCUCUGGACAGCGGAAUGCAUAAGUGUUCUAGGGAUAGCCGACAUCACCAUUGUUCUCUGGACAGCGGAAUGCAUAAGUGUUCUAGGGACAGCCGACAUCACCAUUGUUCUCUGGACAGCGGAAUGCAUAAGUGUCCUAGGGACAGCCGACAUCACCAUUGUUCUCUGGACAGCGGAAUGCAUAAGUGUUCUCUGGACAGCCGACAUCACCAUUGUUCUCUGGACAGCGGAAUGCAUAAGUGUUCUCUGGACAGCCGACAUCACCAUUGUUCUCUGGACAGCGGAAUGCAUAAGUGUUCUCUGGACAGCCGACAUCACCAUUGUUCUCUGGACAGCGUAAUGCAUAAGUGUCCUAGUGACAGCCGACAUCACCAUUGGUGUCUGGACAGCGGAAUGCAUAAGUGUUCUCUGGACAGCCGACAUCACAAUUGUUCUCUGGACAGCGGAAUGCAUAAGUGUCCUAGGGACAGCCGACAUCACCAUUGGUCUCUGGACAGCGGAAUUCAUAAGUGUUCUCUGGACAGCCGACAUCAGAAUUGUUCUCUGGACAGUGGAAUACAUAAGUAUUCUAGGGACAGCCGACAUCAUCUGUCUUCUCCGGUCAGCUGCAGCUAUUGUUGUUUUCUACACAGCUUGUCAUAUCGAUGAUACGUAUUUUGCCAAUUGUCCAUAUUGUCAUGUUUAGGUUAUGCAUUACUUCAUGCAAGACGUCUAAGCGUCAACCAAAAAUGAAGACAAAAUAAUGCAAUCAACAGUGACGAGGUAAUGCAUAUCCCCGAAGAUUCCGGGCUGGAAUGAUUGGCCUACAAGUCAAGCUUUGGUACAUAGCUACUUCCCUGAGUUGUCAGGCUCAUUGAUGUGGUGGGUCGCGUGUCACUUUACUUUUAGACCGUGGAUAAUGGAUCAUAUUAUAUAUAGCGGAUCAUGUCAGUCAGAGGGUUGACUUGUCCAAAGGUCAUGCUUGUAACCGUCAUGCUGGUGUGUGUACUCCGGUCCUUCUGGUUGUCAGAUUCAUUGUGCAUUUGGAACAGAUAAGCCGGAGGUGAUUUCAACAUGUAGAUUUGGUUAUGAUUUAAGGAAAUUGUUUUGUAAAUAUUCUUUGCAGAUUUCGGCCACCAUUGCCAUAUAUUAAAGUUAAACUUGGCAGUGGAUGGAUUCACACUUAAUUGUUUAUUAAGUGCUAUGCUUGUGAAUAUUUUAUUAUGCCCCUGGCCCUUAUUCCACACAGGCGCUGUAGAGUAUCAGUUGUAUCAACAUUUAUAGUGCUAAACUAAUAAACAUCAACUUCCCUUGCUGUAUUUCUCUUUAAAUGUUGUUUGCAUAAAAGAGAGGUGCCAAUACUGUUUUGGUAAAAUUAAGCAAUCUACUUUCCAUAUAAUGAUAAUAAUUAAUUGAUAGUCAUUACCAAUGUUACUAUUUGCAUGUAGUUUGUGAUGAUCAGCAUUAAUAUUGCUUGUUAAUAUUUUUGAUUUUGUUGUGUGAAUGGUUAUCUUAUCUUGUCCCUGUCUAGCUAUUAAUAAAUAAGAUAACUGAAAGCAAAAAUAGUGUAGGGUAUAUAUUUAUUUUAGGAUACUGGAAACUUGCAAUGUAUUGGUGCUUGAAGGAAAUGCUGUUUUUCACAUGAUUUAAUACAGGAAACUAAUAUCAAUAUCAACUGAAUGCGAAAAUACACAAAUAACUUCUAACUGUUCACUGCAUCUCUUCGUGUGCUCAUGGGCAGACGGGAAGCCUAGUGGUUAAAGGGUCACGCUGAGACCCGGGCUGGUUUCCUCACAAGUGUGCAAUGAGUGAAGCCCAUUAUAUUCCUGGAAUAUUUCUAAAACCGGCGUAAAACCAUACUCACUCAGUCAAACUUCUCCCCGACAUUCUGAAAUUAGUUUCAUGACGGCACAAACAAGAGCACCAUACAUCCCGUCUCGUUCUGUGUUGCGCGUUGUAUUGCCUUAUAAUAUUUAUGUAUAUAUAAAUUAUUUGUAUAUUGUUCAAAAUAUGCAAAAAUGGCUUCUUAAUGAAACUUUUUCAUAUUAAAAAAUGUGACCCUUUGUAUU